AUGUCUUAAGUUAAUCAAAUUAACAUUUUUUUCUCAUAAUUACACAAAAAUUAAACAAAUUAGUUUUUAAAAGAUUUAAUUUAUUUUUUGCAAAAAAAAUCUAUAUUAUAUCUAAUUGCUACUUAAUACUAAUAUUAAUUGUAAAAGUAGAAUUUAAAUUAAACAAAUCCCUACAUAGCCAUUUAAAUUCAAUUUAAAAAGCUAUAAUCCUAAAAAUAUAUGAAGUGCAUUGAAGCAAUUAUCAAGAAGAAAUCUGAAAAGGUAAUUGACAAUGAUCAAACAAUAACAGAUUAAACCCAUAAUAACCAAAAUAAUAAAUUAAUUGCUUGUAAUAUUUUGCAAAAGAAAAAAAAUUAAGGCUACUAUCAGUUAAAUGAAGAGGAGCAAAUAUUUUCUAUAAAUUUAAGAAAAUGCGAAUUAAGUGCUUUAGUAGACGAAGCAAUCAACCAUUUAAAUCUUUAAAAGAUGCUGAAAAAAAUAUAAGCAAAUAUAGACAUAAAUAAAGUGACUGAGAAUCAGUUCAAAUCAAUAGUUAAAGGAAUUUAAAAACAAAAAAAUUUAUUCGAAUUGGAACUCUUUCUAUAUUAGAGUACAUAAUAAUUUAACCUCUAAGAAGCUCUUUAGUAAUUUGAAGCUCUAAAUUAGCAUGGACUUUAUAUAUUUACUUUAUAAAUAAGUAAUGGUUCAAAUAAUCUCUCAUAGUAGCCAAUACCAAACUUCUAAACUUUCUUUUCAAAAUUGAGCUAAUUAAAAUAUUUAGAAAUUAAUUUACCAUGCAAAGAAAUAGAUGAUUAUUAUAUUAUUAGCAUUUCCUAAGGGGUUUCUCAAUUACUCAACCUUGAAUAGAUAAAAUUAGAUAUUAGCAGAAAUAAUAUAACUUAUAGCGGGAUAACUGUUUUUAUGGAUGCUUUCUAGAAUUUAAGCAAAAUAGAAGAAUUUAAUUUAAAUUUAAAUUGGAAUUAGUAAUUAGGUUAUCAUUCAGCAUAGUACAUCAUAUAAAGUCUAUUUUAAUUCAAAAAAAUUAAAGUGCUAAGGCUUUACAUUGCUUAAUCUGGGAUUCAAUAUAAUUAGUGGAUAGUCCUUGCAAAACAGUUUUUAUUUUUAGUUUAUUUGGAUGAAUUUGAAAUUUAAACAGGAUACGGAUUGAAACAUAUUUAAGUUAUAUAUGAAAGAAUUGCUUAGAUUAAGUUACUUAUACAUAUGAAUACACUUUUUCUUAAAACAUAUUUUAAACAUAUUGCUCCAAAUUUAUAUCCUUAGCUUGUAAAUCCAAUUUAUAAUCAUUGGGAUUUAUACUACUGA